GCAAGAGCAUCCUGAGUUUGCUUGCUUUAGUAAAGUCGACUUAAGAUGGAUCCAUUUACGCUUAUUGGAGCUGGUGUAGGAGCAGUCUUAACAGUUGCUGCAGCUCCUGCUGUUCUAACAGCGGCAGGUUUCACCACAGCUGGAAUUGCUGCAAGUUCUAUUGCCUCCUCUUUGAUGUCAGCUGCUGCUGUCGCUAACGGAGGAGGGAUCGCAGCUGGAUCCGUGGUUGCAACUCUUCAAGCCGCUGGUGCUGCUGGAAUCCCUUUGGCAGGUCAAGCCAUCGUGGGGACUGUGGGAGCCGUGGUGGGUGCCGCUGCCAGUAUGGCUAGCAACUGUACUUUGUAACUGGUUCAAUUUAUUGUAUCAGUAACUAGUGCUAUAUAUCAGUGAUCAACAUCACUUAGAAUGUCAGUAGCUCUAGGUUUAGGUGUGUAUGAGAUCAUCUUUUCAUAUACACCUGCGUUAAGGGUGCUGUUUAUAGCACUGACAAAACAAGAAGAAUAAAAAACAUAUGAGCUCUCUCUGUCAUUUCUUUAGCUAUCAUAAACCGAUUUUGUGUAAUUCACUGUUACAUCGAGUUAAUCUAACUGUCAUUAGGGGAGUUUUGCUGAAUAAUGAAAAGGGUUUCUCCGAUUUCCGCACAAGAGGAACAUUCUGCAACCAUAGGCACUAUUUUUCAUGUGGUCAGCAAACUUAUAUAAGCUAUAAGAGAGGUUCUCCGAAUGGGUUCUCCACCACAUGUUUCCUACAGGGUAUGGCUUUCCAAAGGUUUCAAAGGCUUUUGCAAGCACCUUGUGUGUGUUUGCAAAUGUAUUUGUAUGGACCUGCAGUUACAAUAUGUUUGUAGAGACCUUGUUUAGUAAACCUAAUAAACAA